GUCGGUAUAAAUCAAAAUUUUUGACAUAUUCUUAUGGCAAAAAACUUCUUAGAGAGGCUAUAGCCAAUGAUACACAAUUCUUGUGCGAGGCAAAUAUUAUGGAUUAUUCAUUACUCCUUGGAAUUGAUGAUAAAAAGAAGGAAAUGAUUGCAGGAAUUGUCGAUUUUAUUGGAGAAUAUACUUUGUAUAAAAAGAUUGAAUCUCGUGGAAAAACGCUUGGUCGUAACGCAAAAGAAGUUACGGUAAUACCGCCAGAUCAAUAUAAAGAUAGAUUCCGAGAUUCAAUAGAACAAUAUUUUUUGGCGAUACCAGAUAAAUGGACAAGAACAUACGGUGAUAAUCCACAAUCAUCGGUUGCGGAUGAAAUAUCUCCCAUAGGAUGCACACCACCUUCGUCACCAAUUUCACCUGUACAAAGCUCUAUUUCAAUGAAAUUACCAAGU